AAGUCACUCCAGGUUGCAGCAAACUCAAUGACCGGCCAAAGGGGCCACCGCCGAUACGUGCUAUUGGGCAUACAAGCGUGGUUCGCAAACUUUUCCGCGGAAAAAGUUGCCCUCGCUGCUGUCCUCAAGAAAAUUUCCAUGUCGCAGCCAGUAAACCUGCUUGUCGUGUACACCCACAUCUGGCACUGGCCCACUACGCAGUGCAUCGUCUCCGGGCCGACCAUUCUGAGCAACAACUUGCACGUGCCCCUCCCCGCUAUGGACACAACCGUGGAGUUGGUGAACGCGGCGGAGAUCCCCAAAUACGUGACCGUGCUGUUGUCGCUGAGCGCGAUAGUGUCCCGUUUCAUAAUGGAGUCCGGUUGGGACACUGUGGCGAUGUACGGAAGCCAAUGCGUCGACCGAGAAGCCGUGCCUUAUUCUAACGUCUGCGAUGGAACCAACGUUUUGAAUCCAGGCAUAGUACCGGAAGCCAGUGUGGCCAUUGCACACGUCUACAAGGAAAACGGAGUGACUCAGGCCACAUACGAAACAGCGGACACGAUUAAACCCAAGGUCGACUACGCCUACCGGUACCUGGGUCGCAGGAACUUCGGCUGGGCCAUUCACUAUCUCAUCGGAGGCAAGCUGAACGAUUCUUGCCCCCAGCUUGGCAUGGACGGAGAGGACGUUGUCGCAACCGCCGUUCUGCAGACUAAGAAGUCUUGGAGACGGUGGCGCUGGAUGUUCCCGCUUUGA